UGACGGUUCCUGCCAGCUUUAGGGUGGCCUCGGGUCCCACUUAUCUCUUCUACCCGAGGCCACCUUCCUCGAGUUCCAUAGCCACCGAGGCCACGUCCUUCUUCCUCAGCUUUCACCGAGAGCCUCAAAGGACUCUCGGUACUGGGCGCUGAUUAAACGGGUCCGGGGUUCCCAGUCUACUCUGGCUCCUCGCAGAUGCGGCAAUAACCACCGCGGACGGUGCGCCUGCGGGGCGGGUCGGCCAGCAUCUGGAGGGAAGGAGGUGGUCCUGCGUUUGGCGGAGAGAGCCGGGGCCGCCGCAUCGCCAGCCUAGCCGGGUCGCCCCUUCCCUGGCUCGGGGCCCGCGCCGACCGCGCCCCGCCCCCCCGCAGGCCCCGCCCGCGGUCCUCCCCGCUCCCGCCCCCUCCCCGCCGGCACCAGCAGCUCCCAGCGCCCGAAGCGCGGGCCUGGGGACUUGGGAUCCCGCCGCCGGGGCAGCGGCAUGGGGCGGUUCCGCGGGGGCCUCCGGUGCAUCAAGUACCUGCUGCUCGGCUUCAACCUGCUCUUCUGGCUGGCAGGGUCGGCCGUCAUUGCCUUUGGACUAUGGUUUCGGUUUGGAGGCACCAUAAAGGAUUUAUCAUCAGAGGACAAGUCCCCAGAGUAUUUCUAUGUGGGGCUCUAUGUGCUGGUUGGAGCUGGGGCCCUGAUGAUGGCCGUGGGGUUCUGCGGUUGCUGCGGAGCCAUGCGGGAGUCACAGUGCAUCCUCGGAUCGUUUUUCACAUGCCUGCUGGUGAUAUUUGCUGCUGAAGUAACCACUGGAGUAUUUGCUUUUAUAGGCAAGGGUAUAGCUAUACGGCAUGUUCAGACCAUAUACGAAGAGGCUUAUAAUGAUUACCUGAAAGACAGGGGAAAGGGAAAUGGAACUCUCAUUACCUUCCACUCAACAUUUCAGUGCUGUGGAAAAGAAAGCUCCGAACAAGUCCAACCCACGUGUCCAAAGGAGCUCCUAGGACACAAGAACUGCAUUAAUGAGAUUGAGACCGCAAUCAGUAUUAAGCUCCAGCUCAUCGGAAUUGUUGGUAUCGGAGUUGCAGGUCUCACGAUCUUUGGCAUGAUAUUCAGCAUGGUCCUUUGCUGUGCAAUACGAAACUCACGAGAUAUGAUAUGAAGCUAUUUCUACAUGAAAAUUGCCAUCUACAGCUUUCUUACUAAAUGUCAUGGGAGCUAUCUGCUGGCUCAUUUUUAAUAUUCAAAGGACAUUAAGAUAUAAAAGUAAUUUGGUGUCAAUUGUACUUUUGCACAUGUAUGUGUGUAUGUAUGGCUUAUGUAUGGUUUGCCCUUGAGUGAGUGCCUGUGUAUAUGACAGAAAGUAUAUUCAUGUGUGAUUUGUGUGUUUCUGGUAUAUGCAUUACAUAUAAUGAAAUCUGUUUCCUGGAAAUUCCUGAUUCUUGUUAUAUAAGAAGAUCAACUAUUUAACACCCAGAAAAAGUUCAAAAAUCUUUGCUAAACUUUCAAAACUUGGAUGUUUAGAGAGAAUGAAAGAGGAUCAGUUUCUCAAAUGCUAACUACAGAAAUCUAGAUACAGAGAAUUAUGGAAUUUCUAGUUAAUAGGAAUUGAGAGCUCGUGGUGAAAUUUUAAAAUUGCCUGUCUGAGUUUGGUGUAAGGGUUUCCUGGGCUUUUUUUAAAAAAUAUACGUACUAUUCCCAGAAUAUAGUAAACCACAGUUUUAGAACUAAUCACAUCUGUAAAACUAAAUAUAGCAUGGAAAAUUUAACUUGAAUAAGUCAUGUUUCCUAGUUUAAAAACAAAAGCCUCCCUCUGGAAAGAGUAGUCACAAGGACAAUCAUGUACCCUAUAAAAGUGAGUGUUUUUAGGACUUAAAAAAGAAACCUUUUUACAACUUUUUAAGGAAGUAUUUUUGUUCUUAUACAGAGACAUGUAAAUAUUGCUUUGUUACUUUCUUUUUAUGACUCUGCUCUGAACUACUGGAACACUUACAUCCACAAAAGGGCUUUUAUCUCAAAUUCCUCUGUGUUCCUCCAAAUGUAAGUACAGAAAAAUUAAAGCAAGAGGUCUGGCAGUUGUGGGAAAGAGAAUUUUGACUGGCACCGUGUCUUUGAAAUACCUCAUAGCUUGAGUUUACAUAUUUUCCUAAUUUUUUGUAUUUUCUUAUUUAUUCAUUUGGAGAAUUCUUCUUCAUAGACUAAUAACUGCAGUUUUCCCUACAUAAAAUAAAUAAAAGAAAAUCCUACAUGAUUCAAAUAUUAUCUCAUGAGCAUCUUUGGCAAAACCAGAAAAAAAGUUUUUUUUAAAGAGAAAAGCAUCUUCUCCUAGUUGUGUGCCCAAAAAAGGGACAAGCUAAGGGAGACAAAAAUAAUACACACCCACAAAUAUUUCCUCUCUGCGCAAGUUUCCUAUGAAAAUAAAAAUUUCAGGUUCGUUCUUGGUUUUAGUGCUUGAUUUUAGGUACAUAAAUCGAAAUUUAGGAUCAAAUUGGCAUAUUUAUCAGUGAUUUUUAACAACGUGGUACAUUUAAUAAAUCAUGGAGGUUAUUUUUUAAAUGCAUCGUUCAAAUGCCACACAAACUAGAAAGUAUGGUAGACUUCGGGGACCCCUAAGUGAGCCUGAAUAUGUGUGAGAACACAAAAUAUUGGGUAUGCAGUAAAGAAAAGUGCUGUGCUACCAAGAAGCUUUUAACGUACUUAACUGAAAAGACAUAAGUGCUUGAAAUAGUCCCACUCCCACCGAGAGCCAAAUUUUGCUUUCUGCACGUUUACUACUGCUACUAACUUUGGAGGAAGCGUUUCUAGAAAAAACCAUCAGAUUGGAAGAAAGCUGAAAAACAUGCAUUGCUAUUUUGUUGUGUCUAUACCUCAAGAAAAAAUUAUUUUAAGAAAAUCACUUCAUGAAAUAGAUGUUUGUACCCUGGUAGCUGUGGAAUGAAACUUUUUAAGCAAAGAAGGCAGUCCAUCUCUCGUGGAGGCUUUUUAGUUCAUAGGAGAGGAGUCAGGCCCAAGUGUGCACCCAGGCUCCUUCCAGCUCAGAAUCAUCUCUGAUUCAACAAAAGUGAGUUUCAUUCCAUAUCUGAAUUCACAGCCUUGAAAAAAAGUUACAAUAAGAAGUGAUACAUAUAUGAUAAAUGCACCACUUUGGGGGGUAAAACUCCAAAAUACGUGCCAUGAGUAAAAUUAGAGAAUUCUACCACUGAAUGAGGGUAGAUUCCACCAUUGAAUGAGGGCAUGUAUGUAUAAUCUUGAAUAUAUAUACCUUGAGAUACAUACAUACAUAUAUAUGUUGGAUAUAUAUACGUAUUUAUACACACACAUACAUACAUGGAUAUAUAAAUUUUGAAUUAUUUCUGGUCACCUGAGCAAAUUUGAGAUCAGACCCAACAUUUUCUUAAGACUCUGGUGCCAAGGCCCAGAUAUUUGAAAUAAUAUUUUAAGUUAUUUCAAAUUAAAUUUUCUAUGAACUGCAAUUGCUUGUUUGAUUUAUAAUAAAAUCCUAUUAUAUCUUUCUACACACCUUCAUAUAACUUAUCUUAAUGUCUAACUACCAAUCAACCCA